AUGGCAUCCAAAUCUGUUAUCAAGAGCAUCGUGUGGUACGGCGUGAGCCGACUCGGCAGCCAGAUCCUAUCUCGCGUGGCGGCCACAAACAAGUACAACAUCACUUUCAUCGGCCUAAAAGACCCUUCCGUCUACAAAAGCAAAGUGCCAGAAGGCAUUCCCAUCGUCCGGGUUGACCUGAAGGAUCACAAACGCCUCGUCAAGACCCUGACUGGUGCCGAUGCCGUGGUCGUAUUCACGCAAUUUGGCCCGGGGUCAGACCUCGACAUCAUCCAAAUUGCGCUCAUCAAUGCGGCCAUUGAAGCCAAGGUGAAGCUCUUCGUGCCAUCAGAAUGGGCCCCUGAUACCGCGGGCGGAAAUGGAGCGACACUGGAGAGAAUUGGACCCAAUACUCUUCCUCCUACCCCAGCUAUUGCGGCGAAGAGAGUAGUGCACAACUACCUGAUGUGCAGAUCUGCUGAGGGCAAAAUUGACUUUGUGAGUCUGCAUGUUGGCAAUUUGUUGUUGAACAUAAGCUCUUUCGCUCCCAUGGAUCUAAAGAAACGAACUGCUUUCCUCGGCGACGGUGGACACGGCCUUAUCUCUGUAUCCAGCCUUGAUACACUCACCAAGGGACUCGACAGCCUUCUGACCAGAUAUCCUAAAGUCAAGAACAGCUUCUUCUAUAUCUGCGAUGGCGAGACCACCCUUCAGCGUAUCGUGAAAAGCUUCGAGGAAGCCUCAGAGUCCAGAGAUCCAUGGGAGAUCACUUCAUUCUCAAUCGCCGAGAAAAAGAGGAUGGCAGACGAGAAUAUGCGAAACGGCACCUUUACGUGGAAAGAGUUCGCGGAGGUUCUUACUAUCCCGUUCACAGGGGGAUUGACCGUUUGGCAGAAUCCGGAUAACGAGAGGCUUGGGCUGGAGCCGCCAAGUGACGAAAGGGCACAAAAGACCGUCGGCGAGUUCGUCCAGAGGUCCCUGGCAAGGGGAUACAUUAUCUAG